UCGUUGUUGAUAGAGGAAAUCUUGAAGCAUUUUUCGAAAGUAAUUCCAGAGAAAUCACUUCAAAUUGGCCUAUUUUGGGGGGGGACAAGGGACCAGCUUUCUUUACAGCCUAAUAUUUGACAAAAAUCUUUAAAUUCAGGCAUCAGCAGCCGCCUGGCACACUUUGGCACACGCGUCGUGAUGUCAGCGCCUGCAUUUUGAUAACACAUUUUGCAACUUGCUAGUUCUGUUUUGAGUUCAAUUAUGUAAUUACACUGAUAAUCACAGUGACGGAAUUUAACUGCCUUUAAUUUGUUAUUCAGGUGGAGAUAGAAGGGACUGCGGAUGGAGCAUCCAGACUGUGUUUUUGAUCUGCGCAGACAGAACAACAAGGGCUGCAGCCUGCAAAUGAAUCCUAAUAAAAUGAGGAGCUGCUGGAUAUUUUCUUCUUUCGCCAAGCGCAUCCCGCGGAGGCUCUCUGACCCCGGAUGGCGCGGAUUUAUCUGCUUCUUUUCCAUCACAUGAUUUUUGUUAAGUUCUUCGGACCCAGCCCCAACGUCGCCAAUCGGCUUCCCUCUUGGAGAGAGUGGACCAAUCAGCGACCGUCUUUGAUGAAUAUUCAUGAGUCCGAGAUUCAAACCUUUGAGCGACUUUGUCUAGGUCCACAGCAUCAUACCUAGGACUUUUCACGGGCACAAACUACAUUUUCUUAUGAAUGGAAAGAGAAAAAAUCAGUUCGGCUUAAAUUGGGACCCAUCCUUCACUGAGAUCAUAGAGGGAAAACAACAAAAGCAAGACAAGGAGAACCGCCAGAAGAGAUGACAAUGACUACAAUUCCAGAAAGUCUUAAUAGCCCUGCCUCAGGAAAAACCGUUUUCAUGGAGUUUGGACCCCCAAGUCAACAAAUGUCGCCUUCCUCCAUGUCUCACGGACACUAUCCCAUGCACUGUUUACAUUCUGCAGGUCAUACCCAGCACGACAGCUACAGUCCAGCCUCAUCGUUCCCCAGAUCUUUGGGUUAUCCAUACGUAAACUCCGUCGGCAGCCAUUCCACCAGUCCAUAUCUCGGCUCUGUACAGACCUACCAAAACAGCUCGGCACUCACACAGACGCGCUUAGAAGACACAGUGCCAGAAGCAGAGAAAAACACAGUGGUCGAAGGCGGAGAGGUUCGGUUCAACGGGAAAGGCAAAAAGAUUAGAAAACCAAGGACUAUCUAUUCGAGUUUACAACUACAAGCUCUAAACAGGAGAUUUCAGCAAACGCAAUAUUUGGCGUUACCGGAGAGAGCUGAACUGGCAGCGUCGCUGGGUCUCACUCAGACACAGGUCAAAAUUUGGUUUCAAAAUAAACGAUCCAAGUUCAAGAAACUGAUGAAACAAGGUGGUGGCACUAUCGACACCAACGCUUUAGCUACUGGCCGUGGACUUUCCAGCGGUUCUCCGUCGGUGGCACCUGUUUGGAGCUCGCCGACCACCGUGAAGACUUCAGUAGGGACAACCGGAUCUUACAUUCCCAGCUACACCUCAUGGUAUCCAACCACACACCAAGAGUCUAUGCAACAGUCACAGCUCAUGUGAACAAAGACCUCAGCUCUGACUCUGCCAUGGCUCGUGUAUCAGGAUGGUGAAGGGGCCUGCAGUCGCUCAGCGCAACCCAGCACUGAAAAUGCACAACACCAACCCCGGAGAUUGCUCCCGCAUUCCGCCAUCUGACACUGUGGCCUCCUCACACCGGAUGACGGCAAACAGCAAAGAAGAAGACAAGGACGAAGAACAAGAAAGGAACUGACAGACUGAAAAGGCACGCAAUGAGCCCAAGGGCAAGAAAUCCGUGACCGUCAGCGGAAAUCGCAGACAAGUGGAUCCUUUUUGGCUGCUGUUGAUCAUUUUUGUGUCUUUUAUUUUUUAACAUAUUUGUGAAAGAAGUUAUAUUGUUGAGCUGCAGGCUACAUGUUACAAGAAAACAGAUUGUUUACAUCACAGCCUGUUGGGCCCUAAUAUCAAUUCAAUGGUCAAUUAGACCAAAGGGGUUUUAAUUUAAAAUAAUAAUAAUAAUAAUAAUAAUAAUAAUAAUAAUAAUAAUAAUAAUAAUAACAAUGAAUAAAUUAUAACAGUAACUGUCAGGCCAAUAAGAUUACAGCACAGUCACCCACAGAGCAUAUUGUGCAAAGCCUCAAAGUGCUACUAUGUUGUUUAUAUGUUUGUUAUUUAAGUUAAAUUAUUCGGAUUAGAUUUUGUUGAGGUCAGUCUGUGUUCAGUAAGUGUGUUUGAAAUAACAACACUGUGUUGUUAAUGCUGCACUAACGCAAGCAAAGCUUUUCUAUGCCGUGCCCCGAUGUUAUGUGAAAAAAUGUUGAAAAAGGCCUGACGAUUUGCUGCUUUAGAAAAAAAAUUAUUUGGAGGGUGAGCAGCUCAUUUGUCACUGUAUUUUGUACAUAAUUUUCAGAUUUGUUUUUGUGCUGUACUGGAUACGCUGUGAAACAGGGUUUUUUGGCUUUCUGUAUUCGUCGAGAUGUGUUUAGUCAACAUAGAAAAUAUUUAGUUUUGUAUUGAUCACUUUAAUUUAUUUAUCUGUUUCUGAAGUUUAUGUACAUAAUGUGCAAAUUUUCAAAGCAGUAAAAGCCUGAUUUAAA